CUCCCUCUUAUAUAAUAUAUAUAAUAUAUAUAUAAUAAUUAUACUCUGUCACAGAGAGAUUCUCGGUCAAACUAUUUCAGAGUGAAUUGAUAUAAUUUUGAACAAGAGGGAUCGGAGAAAUAAUUAAUAAUUAAAAAUGGAAAUGGAGAAGCAGUUGAGUAGUACAUGGGAGGGUUAUGUUGAUUGGAGGGGUAAACCUUCUCUCAGAGCCAAACAUGGCGGCAUGCUCGCUGCCUCCUUCGUUUUGGUUGUGGAGAUAUUUGAGAAUCUGGCGUAUCUGGCAAAUGCAAGCAACUUGGUGUUGUACCUAACGGAGUACAUGCACUUCACGCCGUCGGAAUCUGCUAACGCCGUCACUAAUUUUAUGGGCACCGCCUUCCUUCUGGCCCUCCUCGGUGGCUUCUUAUCCGACGCCUUCUUCACCACUUAUCAAAUCUACCUUAGUAGCGCCGUUAUUCAAUUCCUGGGAUUAGUAAUACUCACAGUGCAAGCACAAUCAGGUUCACUAAAACCACCCAAAUGUGACCAAAAUAUGCCAUGUCAUCAAGUACAUGGUGCACAAGCUGCAAUGUUGUUCAUUGGCCUUUAUCUAGUUGCCCUAGGAGUUGGAGGAAUUAAGGGCUCUUUACCCACGCACGGAGCCGAGCAAUUUGACGGAAAUACCCCUCAAGGAAGAAAGCAACGUUCGACUUUCUUCAACUAUUUCGUCUUUUCCCUUGCGUGCGGCGCCCUAAUUGCCGUCACAUUCGUCGUUUGGGUUGAAGACAACAAGGGUUGGCAAUGGGGUUUCGGAAUCUCCACAUUGACGAUAUUGUUGUCGAUUCCGAUCUUUCUAGGAGGUUCUAGAUUUUACAAGAACAAGAUUCCUCUUGGAAGUCCACUUACAACCAUAUCUAAGGUUUUGAUAGCUUCAUUACUAAACACAUGCAUGGCAAGGAGCUCGAGCAACGCAAUUGCAAGCAUGUCGACGAGCCCUACACCAAACGAAGACGAAAUCACUACGCGAAACACACCCAAAAACAACACACCAUCGACAUCAGAAAAUCAAGAAUUACAAGAUACGACAAUAUCAUCCGAAUCGCCAUCGCAAAGCCUUAAAUUUCUCAACCGAUCGGUGAUAAACAAGCCCGCAUUCGACGUACUCAAAUGCUCGGUCCAACAAUUGGAGGAAGUGAAAAUCGUCAUAAAAAUCCUCCCAAUUUUUGCGUGCACCAUAAUCCUCAACGCUUGUCUAGCUCAACUCUCGACUUUCUCGGUCCAACAAGCCGCCACAAUGGACACUAAACUCGGAGCCCUAAAAGUCCCGCCAGCUUCACUCCCCGUUUUCCCGGUCGUUUUCAUCAUGAUCAUCGCCCCGUUGUACGACCACGUGAUAAUCCCGUUUGCCCGUAGGGCAACGAAAUCCGAAACGGGAGUGACUCAUCUCCAAAGAAUCGGAGUAGGGUUGGUUUUGUCCAUAUUAGCAAUGGCGGUAGCUGCAUUGGUCGAAAUCAAGCGGAAGAGGGUGGCGACCGAAACGGGCCGGGUCGGGUCGGAGGGCCCGUUGCCCAUUUCGUUUUUGUGGAUCGGGUUUCAAUACUUGUUUCUCGGGUCGGCGGAUCUUUUUAGCCUAGCCGGUUUGCUAGAGUUUUUCUUCACGGAGGCUCCGUUUAGCAUGAGGUCGUUGGCUACUUCGCUAUCGUGGGCCUCGUUGGCUAUGGGGUACUAUUUGAGCACGGUUAUCGUGUCGGUGGUUAACGGUGUUACGGGUGUUUCGAAGCACAAGGCGUGGCUUUCGGGAAGCAACUUGAAUGAUUACCACUUGGAGAGAUUCUAUUGGCUGAUGUGCUUGUUGAGUGGAUUGAACUUCUUGCAUUAUCUUUUCUGGGCUAGAAAGUACAAGUACAGAUCCACGGCGACUAAUUAAUUAGUAGUGUUUUUCUUUUCUUUUCUUUUUUUCGGCUUAAUUAGUUAAUGAUGCUAGUUUUUUUAAGAUUAGGGUUCUUGUUUUGUAAGAUCGUGUUUCAUGAUUUAAGUUCUGAUAUACGAGUUAUAAUCUGGUUAGUACUGUUGAGAUUUUAUUUUUGU